UCCGCCAAGCGUUAUGGAAUUGCUUUGAUUUGGAUCUUGUAAGUCUUGCGUAAAUGCUUGUGUUGCUGAAAUAACUAUUUUCAGUUGCCCUUUAUAAGAACAAUUUCAGAUUGUUGAAGCCUCCAUGAAAACUAGUUCGGUUAUUAGUUCUUGUACAUUCUCCAGAGAGAGUUUUCUUUUUGGAACUCUAUGAAAAUACAAAUGAUACACAUCCAAUCCACUGCUUAUCAGUGACUCUGGCUGUUCCAGUGUAUAUAAGCUAAAUUGUUCUGAAGUUUCACUAGUUUGGAUCACUCUUAUUUAAGUGUUGCUGGGCAUAGGCUCGGUUUGGCUCUACUCCUUGCACUUUUAUUUCACUUGGGUUCGGCAUUUAUCCUUUUGGUUCGGUUCAGAGUUACCUCAAGGAACCUUGUUUUACAUGGAUUUUGACAUCAGACGUCCCUGACUGGUUAUAUAGCUUGAAAAAGACAGGAUGCUGGUAUUUGCUGCAAGGAUUCAUGCUUGAAAUACUUUGUUUGCCUUCAGAUGUGGAAUUUGAUGACUCGCCUGUGAAUUUGGAUGAUGUGAAGGAAAAUCACUCCCGGAAAAGGAUGAGGUCUGGACUGUGCAGCGCAUCUGGCUCCAAAGCAUGUCGGGAGAAAGUACGGAGGGAUAGGCUGAAUGACAGGUUCCUAGAAUUGGGUUCUAUCCUGGAGCCUGGAAGACCCCCUAAAAUGGACAAGGCUGUUAUAUUAAGUGAUGCUCUUAGAAUGAUGACUCAGCUGCGUAGUGAAAGACAGAAGCUGAAGAAAUCAUGUGAGGAUCUGCAAGAGAAGAUCAAUGAAUUGAAGGCUGAGAAGAAUGAGCUUCGUGAUGAGAAGCAGAGGCUGAAGACAGAGAAAGAGAACAUUGUGCAGCAAAUAAAAGCUCUGAGUUCCCAAGCAGGCUUCCUGCCACACCCUUCUGCAAUCCCAGCUCCAUUUGCCGCUCCAGGCCAAGUUGUUGGCAGCAAGCUGAUGCCUUUCAUUGGCUACCCUGGAGUUUCCAUGUGGCAGUUCAUGCCACCUGCUGCCGUUGAUACUUCACAGGAUCAUGUUCUCCGGCCCCCAGUUGCUUAAAUUUGAAGGCGUUAACUGUGGAUCUUCCUUCCCUGUGCGUGUGGCAUGGUUCCAUGAUCUGGGUUUUCUUCUGGCUCUUGAAGACCCCAAGACUCAAUUAGGUGACUGACUGAUAUUGUUGGGAAAUUUGGUUCGGAUAUUGUUGCUAUUACCUGUAAUUUUUCAUUAGCCAAAUCUGGCAAUUUAUGUUCCCAAUUUUGUCUAGUCGAACUGUUGAUUUUUGUAACUGUUUUAGAACAAUGUUUACGUUCAUCGGAAUACAAAAAGAUCAGAAGACAUCCUUGAGAAUGGCUGUUUGUUUGAA